AAAAGGGGGCAUUUCAGUCACAUGGGAAAAUGAGAUCAUUUACUAUCACAAUUUAAGAUGCACACAGUUAAAGGUCUAUUAUUGUAUUAAUUAUAACAGGACAUCCAUGUAAAUGAUUUAUUCACUUAUUGCACGGAGAACUCGGGUCGAGACUUACAUAUAGUCACUGUUGAUCUCAUUUAUGUCAGAUCUAUUUCCUUGUUUACCUUGGAAAUCAAUGUUUGAUCAAGGUACAUCAUACAGUGUGUAGAUAUGAAACUGUGUUAAGUGGCUGUAUCUGUUUAUUUAGUAGAAGUUUUUACGUCUUGAUUUGUGAACAAAUUAAGAGUUCCAUGUGAGAUGACAAAAGAAUGAGCAAGCGUGAUUCUGCACCUGGACGUCCACCCCCUCCCAGAAGUAACUCCAUGAAGCUCAGUUUUAAAUCAUUAGAGGAGGGAGAGGAAGAUGAAGACUUAUUGACCUCCAUGACUGGAGAAUUUGACAAAAAAGUGUCAGAAAAUCGCAGAGUCCAUGAAGAGAAUCGAGCCCAGGGGCGGGUCGCAGAGGGACGCAUGCCACCAAAGCCACAAGCUGGACAGAAGGCAAAGGAAGAUGAUAAAAUAUCAAGAUGGAAGCAAAACUUGUCAGAGAUAUCGACUGUGGUACGUAAAAAAGUAUCUGCAAAAUUAGAGGAUUUUUCAAAGGAACUUGCACCUGACCCAGACAGUGAGAGUUCGACAGCCGCACCAAUCAAACAGACAAGCAUGGACAACUCAGAUCUGCUGUCUUUUGUAAAGAAAAAAGAGGAAAAUGGAAGUGAAAAAUUCUCUGAUGCUCAAUAUGAAUCUGGUCCUACAGUUAAGGAAACUGUGGAUGAUUUUCAGGUUAUCGAUGACUAUUAUCACGAUGUGACUGUCUUGGAACCUGCUGAAGAUUUUACUGGAACCCAGUCUCUUCCUGAACUCCGUUAUCGUAAUCGAACUCUUCCACAGAAAAUUCGUCGGACCAAACCAAAUGUCACAACAGGAUCAGUGUCUCUGUCAAAUCUGAAAGCUAACGAGGAAAUAGUCACAGAGACAAUAGAAAAUGUCGAUAUUCAGGAAAAUCAAAUUGCUAACUCUCUUUAUCAACCUGCCAAUACGUCAACAGUAUCAGCAUUAAAUAAAGGCUCUGGUGACAAAAGGAAAAAUGAGAUGAGCUUUGUCCCAAUGCAUAAUUUAAUAAUAGGUAUUUGCUGCUUGGUCGUAUAUUGGAUUUUACCCCUCCCUGCUUUUGUAUCAGGUGUAGUGUUUGGGGUGAUGAUUUCCUCCUUUGGGUGGAAGAUUUACAUCUGGGUGACACAGCCACUCCCACCCAAGGAAAAACCAGAAAUUGUACCAUUAGAACAAUUACCACCAUUUAUUUUGCCUAAUAUGAAAGAAGCAACAUUUGCAGAUGGAAUCUAUAAGGGGUGGUUGAAUGAGAUAGGAGAAUAUGAUCCAUAUAACCAUCAUAUCAACAACACACACCCUGUACAAGUGUUAUUGGAAGGAACCACACUUCGACUACGACGACCAAAAACAAAUGUACCUCGCAGAGCCAUGUGGGAUGAGGAAAAAAUUACAGUCAAGGAGUUCAUUCAUCAGAGACAUUUUGACAUCAGAGGGAGUAAUAUUUCUCUACGACCAACUGAGUUGGUUAGCAAGAGACUUUGGAGCAAGAAAUAUCCUAUUCGUAUUGCAUUUGCCACUGCAGGAAAGAGAACUAGGUCAACGGAUUCAGAUACUCCUGAGCAAGAGGCUGGGUUUGAACUUGUGACAGAGGAGAAGUGUGAAGAAGAUGUGGUGUAUUUAUUUGCAAGAACAAAUCGUGAUAAGGAGGACUGGUUUAAGCGACUAGUUGCUGCAGCUGAAGGAAGUCCACUUAAGAACCCCAUUGGACAAAUUAGGAAAUUUUAUGAGACCUCUAAGAAACUAGUUCAACAAAGCAGUACCAGUUCCCAAGGUGAUAUCUCAUCACAAAAGCGUCAAAGUUCGGUAGACAGUAUGACCCACAAACGUCAAGGGUCCACAGAUUCCAUAUCCUCCACCAACUCAUCUCCAACAAGUGAGAAGGAGGCCAUUUUAAGCUCAGAACAUGAGAUGGAAAUGUUUGUAAAAUACAUGAGUAGACUGAUGCCAGGAGAACUGUAUGACAGAUUUGCCUCGGUGAAUUCAAGGAGUCAUCCGAUCAUAGAUUGUGACGAGCGUUUAUUAUGGUUGAAUGCUCUCAUUAGCCGGUGCUUCUGGGAUUUCCUGAGACUUCCUACAUGGUCUGAAAAAGUCAUGGAGAAACUUCAAAGGAAACUCAAUACUAUACAUAUACCAUAUUUCAUUGAAGGGUUAAAUAUUACUGAAAUUGUGCUUGGUAAUGAAAUGCCAGUUAUCCGCAAGACGUCUAGACCAUUCUUUGAUGAGAACGGGUUCUGGAUAGACUUAGCAGUGAAUUAUGGCGGUGGUUUUCGGAUGACAAUUGAGACAAAAGUCAACUUAAUGAAGCUUAAAGACCCCGUGACAGGCAAAGAAAAAUUUGAAAAAAUCAAACCAAAAAAAUUAGCCAUUAUUGAUGAGGAGGCAGAAGACAGUGCAGAAUCUUCAACAGAUGAGGAGGAAGAAAGUGUCGGGGAGGAAGAAAGUAGUGGGAAGUCGGGGCAGAAGUUCAUGCGGUAUUUGAGUAAGUUCACCAAGUCAAAAUACGUCCAAUCUGCUAUGGACCUCAAGUAUGUGAAGAAAGCCAUGGAGGAAGUAUCCAACACCCCAGUCGUCCUCACAGUGGAGGUCCACUUCCUGUCUGGAGAGCUGUCACUCAACAUCCCUUUCCCACCGACAGACAGGCUAUGGUAUGGAUUUAAAGGAAAUCCCAAAUUAACCCUAGUAGCAAAACCUAAAGUUGGUGCCAGACAAGUCACGGUAACCCAUAUCACAGACUGGAUAGAGAAAAAAUUGUCCACAGAAUUCCAGAGAACAUUUGUGCUGCCAAACAUGGAUGAUCUUAUAAUUCCUCUGUUCAAUGGCUACAGUCCCAAACCAGAAGACAGUAAUACCACCUCCUGAAAAAUCCAAAGUCAUGGCAAAGUGUACUUCAAUAUUAUUUAUUGUGUGCGUUGUAUUGAGUUUCAGGCAUGGAGUAGGGUUUAGUUUAAAGCAUAUAUGGGACAGAGAGAAAAACUCUCUUUUGCAAAAUGUGUAUUGUGUGUUUUAUAACAAUAUUUGUGAAUGGUGGUUUUUAAAGCAAGGAAAAUAAUGUCCAUGUUAUUGAAUAUGAAACAUUGUGUCUGCUUGUCAUCCAUGAACUUGUACGUGUUUGUUUUUAAAGCCCUUAGAUGUGCUGAAACUCGAGAUUUGUCGUCUGCUGGUCCAUGCCUACUUAAACUGCUGUUGCCCAUUUCUUGUUGUCCUAUGGGUGAUCUUCCAUGUCUUAAGAUGGCAAUAAUACUUUAAACAAUUCUAGACAGAUUUUCAGAGUAUGUAAUAUAGAUAGAUAAAUGCUGAAGAAAGAAAAGCUGAUAUUAGACAAUAUAAUAGAUUUAGACCUAUGACGUGUCGGAUACUAUAUAAAUGAAAUAUAUCAAUAUUGAUUUCUUUCUUGUUUUUUAUUUUCACAACAAAAAUUCAUCCAUGAGAGAGAAAAAGUUCAUUAGUUUAAUAGAAUGGGUUGUUUUUUUUUUGUGAACUCUUUUGCCAUGGCUGGCCACCCAUAUUCUUCUAGUAAUUUUUUCUAUCUUUUGUGAUUAUUUCACAUUCAAUGUUGCAAUAAAUGAAACUUUCUGUAUAACAUUUGUGGUUACAAUACAUAUUUAUAAUCUUUUAUACUUCUGGAUGAAUAAGUGUACAAAAAUGAUCACACCUUCAUACCACUUGAAUAUGGGUCUUUUUUUAUUAUAAUGGGUUUCACAGAGAGUUUGAGUACUUUGAAAACUUAGAAAUAAGUGGCUGGUAGUAGUUUGCUAUUACUAAACAUGCUCGGGGACCAGGUUUGUUAGUUAUGUUAUAUUUUGUGUGAACGUGGAGUGGCAUGAUCACUGAUCAGUGUUUACCUAAUUUAUGCCAAAAUCUAUUUGGAGUACUGGACCAGAAACUGUUUUUCAAGCAUUAUUAGGUUUUUCCUUGUAAUUGUGUUCUAUUUUUUAAAAAGAAACUUUUUUUUUGUAUGUGUGUUUCUUCGUUAAAAAGUGUUUUGACAUUUAUUUUUGAGUUUUUGCAACAAAGUAGAUUGUCGUAGGUACAGCAAUAUAUACGCAAUUAGUUUUUUCCCCAUUAAAAUGCCUUUGUUAAUUUAAGUUUAUGUAAGAUACUCUGUGAAAUGGAAGCCAAUGGUGCCAUAUGUUUAUGUAUACUCUUGUUGCUAAUAAAUGAUAAAACAAAA